AUGGCAGAACUGGACAUGAUGAUUAGGGACCCCAACAAUCUCAAUGAUCACCUGAAGGUGAUGUUCGAGGAUGUUAUCGGUGAGCCCGAGGGAGCCCACAGUGCAGAUUGCGUCUGGCGUAACUCCUAUAAAUGUUUCAACUGCGGCAAGAGCUGCUGUUACACCUUCCUCACCUUCAUCUGUGCUAUUCCCUUGGCUCUCUGCUGGGGAUGUGAGUUCGCCAUGAUGUCCUUCCAACACAUCUGGCAGUUCACACCCUGCCUCAGGAUGUUCGGCAGCUAUCUUGGAUGCUACCAGAAAUUCUUCGGCUCCGUCAUCAACUGUUGUCUGGCUCCAGUCUGUGAAGCAUGUGGCCUGUGCUUCAGUAAAAUAGCAGUUUCCAACAAAUAACCUUCAAUCUCAGAAGGCGACGCUACGUCAAAAUGCUCAGGUUCCCGUUGGACGAGGUGUUUUUGUGAGGAUGGAAGGGACAUCCUCUCUAUUUCUCUAGUUCUGUCUCGCCGGCUGAGAACUAUCUUCCCCAGAAACUGUGAUACCUUUCCUGUACCCUUUAUACCCACUGUGUACAUAUAGUACUGUUAUGUUUCAUAUACACGUGUAUAUGUACCUACCUUGUCUAUGUCUUCUCUGUUGUCUGCCUCGACAAUCACAUUUGAAUGAGUUUGUAAAUAUAUUAUUUCUGUACAAUCCAAAUAAAUGCUUACAGACUU